GGCGGCAAUACUGGAUCAUUUGGGUGCGUUAUGGAUGCAGAAUCUGAGGGGGAAGCUGGCCUUGGGGACUGAGAUGACUUACAGUAGAGAAUCAAUAGUCAUUGACCACCAUAGAAAGGAAUGAAAUUCUGCCAUUUGCAACAUCGUGGAUGGACUUGGGCUUUUUUCAUCUCACAGCGUUUUACCUCAAUCACAUAUUCACACAAGUGCUUCUCUUGAAAUAUCUCGAAAAUGGGAGAAGAAGAAUAAAAUUGUUUAUCCUCCACAACUGCCUGGAGAACCUCGGAGACCAGCUGAAAUCUACCAUUGUCGAAGACAAAUAAAGUACAGCAAAGACAAGAUGUGGUAUUUGGCAAAAUUGAUACAAGGAAUGUCCAUUGACCAGGCUCUGGCUCAGUUGGAAUUCAGUGACAAAAAAGGGGCCCAGAUAAUUAAAGAGGUUCUCUUAGAAGCACAAGAUAUGGCAGUGAGAGACCACAAUGUGGAAUUCAGAUCCAAUUUAUAUAUAGCUCAGUCCACCUCAGGGCGAGGCCAGUACCUGAAACGCAUCCGAUACCAUGGCAGAGGUCGCUUUGGGAUUAUGGAGAAGGUUUUUUGCCAUUAUUUUGUGAAGUUGGUGGAAGGCCCUCCACCUCCACCUGAGGCACCAAAGACAGCAGUCACCCACGCCAAAGAGUAUAUCCAGGAGCUUCGCAACCGGACCAUCAUUCACACUCUAUGAUGGUGGUAUUAAGACUCCACAGUGUAUAUAUUUUACCAUUUAUUUCCUAAAACCAACAAAAAUUAAAGACAGAUGCUUUUUA